AUGGGUGCAAAGAAAUACACAGAGAAAGCACAGAGCCUGUUGAAAGGAUGCCUAGAUGAGGCGCUUGCAAACAAUAACAAUACUGUUGAACCUGAGCAUCUUCUGAAGGCUAUUCUGAAUGAUUCAGAGAAUGUAUUGUGUAGUGUUUUGAGUCCUGACGAGCGGAACGAGAUCAGAGCAGCAGUUGCGCGUAGAAUAGGCGGAUUUGCCAAGCAAUACAGUUGUACUGAGCCUAGGGUUGGAGAGGCACUUGGAAGGAUUGUGCUGGCGGCAGAAGGAGUGAACGACGAGUAUGUUUCUGCAAAUGUGCUUGUGCUGAAACUGCUUGAGGCACGGAGCAUAUGCGAGCUGAUUAAGAAUGUUGAUGAUGUGAGGAAAAGAGUUGAGGAGCAAACGAGAGGCAAGAGGUUUGAUUCGAGAAAUUCUGAUGAGAUGGAGGAUGCAAUAUCGAAGUUUGCUGUGGACAUGGUUGAGCAAGCAAGGCAGAAUGUGUUUGACCCUGUGAUUGGAAGGGAUGAGGAGAUAAGGCAGGUGGUCGAGAUUCUGUCCAAAAAGACGAAAAGCAAUGCGAUUUUAGUUGGCAAGCCAGGAGUGGGCAAAACGGCGAUAGUGAAUGGUAUUGCACAGAUGAUAGCGAAUGGAGAAGCGCCUACGCUGCAGGGUGUUAGGAUAUACAAUGUUGAUGUUGGGUCGAUGGUUGCAGGGACGUCUCAUCGAGGGGAUUUUGAGGAGAGGCUGAAGAAGCUUGUGAAGGAAGCGGAGAGUACGCCUGGGGUUGUUCUUUUUAUUGAUGAGAUUCAUAUUGUUCUUGGAGCAGGCAAAACGGACGGGGCGAUGGAUGCAGCGAACAUGCUGAAGCCGGGACUUGCAGCAGGAACAAUCAAGUGUAUUGGUGCAACAACACAUGACGAGUAUAGAAAGUAUGUUGAGAAGGAUCCUGCGUUUGAGAGAAGGUUUGUGCAAGUGGUUGUGCGGGAGCCGUGCAUUGAGGAUUCGGUGACGAUGCUGCGAGGGCUUAAGGAGAGGCUGGAGGCGUAUCAUGGGGUGAAGAUAGCGGACAGUGCGCUUGUGUAUGCAGCCACUGCUUCGAAGAAGUACAUAUCGAAUAGGAGGCUGCCUGAUGUGGCGAUUGAUUUGAUUGAUACAGCAUGUGCAAGUGCAGUGAUUGCGCUUGAGAGCGAGCCGCAGGAGAUUUUGAAUGCAAGGGCGAAGGCAUGGUCGCUUGAGCUUGAGAAGACAAGCCUGGAGAUUGAUCUGGGCAGAGAGAAGGAUGAGCAGACGAUGCGCAGGCUUGAGAACGUGAAGGAGAGGAUCGAGGAGGUGAAGAGGAGCCUGCAGCCGAUGGAGGACGCAUAUGUAAAGGAUAAAAGCUAUAUAAUUGAGGUGAAGCAGCUGAAGAAGAAGCUUGAGGACACGAAGCUUAGGCUAGCGCAGGCGGAAAGGGAUAGAAACACAUACCUGGCGUAUGAUCUAAAGACGAAUGUGAUUCCUGUGAUUGAGAGCGAGAUUAAGCGGGUUGAGACGGUUGAGGUGAUACUUCCUGUGAAUGUUGCAGAGGUGAUAAGCCGAUGGACAGGAAUACCGGUGAAGAGGCUUACGCUGAAGGAGAAUGAAAGGCUGCUGGAGAUGCCUCAAAGGAUAAAGCAGCGGAUAUUUGGGCAAGACCAUGCCGUCGACAGCAUUGUUGACUCGAUUCUGCAGUCGAGGGUUGGGCUGAGCAGGGAUGACAAGCCAAUUGGCGCGUUUCUUCUUCUUGGGCCCACGGGAGUAGGGAAGACCGAGCUUGCAAAGGCGAUUGCGACGGAGCUGUUUGACGACGAAAAGAACAUGCUUGUGCUUGACAUGAGCGACUAUGGAAACGAAAUGAGCAUUACGAAGCUGAUUGGGGCGUCUGCAGGAUAUGUUGGAUACAAUGAGGGAGGAGCGCUUACUGAGCCGAUCAAGAGCAGGCCAUACAGUGUGAUUUUGCUGGACGAAGUUGAUCUUGCACACCAGACAGUGUUGAAUGUGCUAUACCAGCUGCUGGAUGAAGGAAGGGUUACCGAUGGGAAGGGAUCUACCGUUGACUUCAGAAACUGUGUGCUGAUUAUGACGUCUAAUCUUGGGCAAGAGGUGAUAAUGAGAUCGGAUGUGAUGACUGACGAGGACAAGAGCGAGAUGGAAAGGAUUGUGCUGCACAGGUUUGGGCCGCCGCUUGUGAACCGGAUUGAUGAUGUGAUUUACUUCAACAAGCUCGGCAAAGACAGCAUGUAUAUGAUUCUUGAGUAUCAGAUCAGCCAGCUCAACAAGAGGCUAGGCGAGAAGGGAAUGGUGCUUAGUAUUUCUGAUGCGGUUAAAGAUGAUGUGGUUGAGAAAGCUCAUUCGUCGAUGUAUGGAGCACGCCUACUGAAGAGGUUUAUCCAAUCGAACUUUGUGCAUGCACUGACGAAGAUUAUGCUGAUGAGAGUCAACGAGGAUUUGAUUUCUGUUGAAUGCACGCAUCCGUCUGAGAUGGCUGAAGGGAUGCGGAUAGCAGACUAUGUGUAUAAGGUGAUUCCGAAGUGA